CUCCCCCCCCGCCCUUCGGGGUGCGGCGGCGGCUCGGAGCCCGGCGUCCGCUCGCAUACACACACAUACACACGCAUACAGCCGUAUACACCCGUAUACACCCGGAACCAUGGCGGAGCAGGAGAGCUUGGAGUUCGGCAAGGCCGACUUCGUGCUGCUGGACGCCGUCACUAUGCCCGAGUUUAUGGGGAACCUCCGGCUGCGGUUUGAAAAAGGACGGAUCUACACCUUUAUUGGAGAAGUGGUGGUUUCCAUGAACCCUUACAAGAACCUGAACAUCUACGGGCGGGACACGAUCGAGCAGUACAAGGGCCGGGAGCUCUACGAGAGGCCACCCCACCUCUUUGCCAUCGCUGACGCCGCGUACAAAGCGAUGAAGAGGAGGUCGAAGGACACCUGCAUUGUGAUUUCGGGUGAAAGCGGGGCUGGGAAAACAGAAGCCAGCAAGUACAUCAUGCAGUACAUUGCAGCCAUCACCAACCCGGGGCAGAGGGCGGAGGUGGAAAGAGUGAAGAACAUCCUGCUGAAAUCCAACUGUGUGUUGGAGGCCUUUGGCAACGCCAAAACGAACCGUAACGACAAUUCCAGCCGCUUUGGGAAGUACAUGGACAUCAACUUCGACUUCAAAGGAGACCCAAUCGGUGGCCACAUCAACAACUACUUGCUGGAAAAGUCUCGUGUGAUCGUGCAGCAGCCAGGAGAGCGGAGCUUUCACUCUUUUUACCAGCUCCUCCAGGGGGGGUCUGACCAGAUGCUGCGCUCCCUACAUCUGCAGAAGGAUGCAUCUGCAUACAGCUACAUCUCUCCUGGAGCACAGCUCAAGUGUUCCAUCAACGAUGGUGCUGAGUUCAAGGCAGUUGCUGAUGCCAUGAAGGUGAUAGGCUUCAAGCAAGAGGAGAUUCAGACUGUCUACAAAAUCGUGGCAGUCAUUCUUCACUUGGGGAACUUGAAGUUUUCCGUGGAUGGCGAUACGCCCCUGAUAGAGAACAGCAAGGCUGUGUCCAACAUUGCAGACCUGCUGUCGACAAAAUCUGAGCUGGUGGAAAAGGCCCUUCUGUUCCGGACUGUCGCUACGGGCCGGGAUGUCAUCGACAAGCAGCACACUGAGCAGGAAGCCACCUAUGGCAGAGAUGCCUUUGCAAAAGCCAUUUACGAGCGCCUCUUCUGCUGGAUUGUGACGCACAUCAACGACGUGAUUGAGGUGAAGAACUACGACACGACGGUGCAUGGGAAGAACACGGUCAUUGGCGUCCUGGAUAUCUACGGCUUUGAGAUAUUUGACAACAACAGUUUUGAACAAUUUUGCAUUAAUUACUGCAACGAGAAGCUGCAGCAGCUCUUCAUUCAGCUGGUUCUGAAGCAGGAGCAGGAGGAGUACCAGCGGGAGGGCAUUCCCUGGAAGCAUAUCGAUUACUUUAACAACCAGGUGAUUGUGGACCUGGUGGAGCAGCAGCACAAAGGGAUCAUUGCCAUCCUGGACGACGCCUGCAUGAACGUUGGCAAGGUGACAGAUGAGAUGUUCCUGGAGGCUCUGAACAGCAAGCUGGGGAAGCACGCGCAUUUCUCCAGCAGAAAGCUCUGUGCGACUGACAAAACCCUGGAGUUCGACAGAGACUUCCGAAUCAAGCACUAUGCUGGAGAUGUGAUUUACUCAGUCUCUGGAUUUAUUGACAAAAACAAGGACACUUUAUUUCAAGACUUCAAGCGCCUCAUGUAUAACAGCUCUAAUCCUGUGCUGAAGAUGAUGUGGCCCGAAGGUAAACUGAGCAUCACAGAGGUCACCAAGCGACCUCUGACAGCUGCUACCCUCUUCAAGAACUCCAUGAUUGCGCUGGUGGACAACCUGGCAUCAAAGGAGCCCUAUUACGUCCGCUGCAUUAAGCCCAACGACAAGAAGUCCCCCCAGCUGUUUGACGAGGAGCGCUGCAGGCACCAGGUGGAGUACCUGGGAUUGCUGGAGAACGUCAGGGUGCGAAGGGCAGGCUUUGCCUACCGCCAGACCUACCAGAAGUUCCUUCACAGGUACAAGAUGAUCUCAGAAUUCACCUGGCCAAACCAUGACCUCCCUUCAGACAAAGAUGCUGUGAAGAAGCUCAUUGAGUGCCAUGGGUUUCAGCACGAUGUUGCCUAUGGGAAGACCAAAAUCUUCAUCCGCACACCACGAACGCUGUUCACCUUGGAGGAGCUCCAUGCCAAGAUGCUCGUCAGGAUUGUGCUCUUCCUGCAGAAGGUCUGGAGGGGCACCUUGGCUCGGCUCCGCUACAAGAGGACGAGGGCUGCCCUCACGAUCCUCAGGCACUACCGCCGCUACAAGGUGAAGUCCUACAUCCACGAGGUCGCCCAGCGCUUCCGCAACGUCCGAUCCAUGAAGGAUUAUGGCAAGCAUGUGCAGUGGCCCACGCCACCCAAAGUGCUGCACCGAUUUGAAGAGGCGCUCCAGGCGAUUUACCACAGGUGGAGAGCAGGGGAACUCAUCCGGAGCAUCCCUCCAAAGGACCUACCUCAGCUGCGGGCCAAGGUUGCUGCCAUGGAGGUGCUGAAGGGUCACCGAGCAGAUCUGGGGCUGCAGAGAGCGUGGGAGGGGGAUUACAUCGCACUGAGGCCGGAUCACCCUCAGAGCACGGGCGCCUUCCUCCCUGUUGCCACCGAGCUGAAACGGAAAGACAAAUACAUGAAUGUUCUCUUCUCGUGUCACGUCCGCAAGGUCAACCGCUUCAGUAAGGUGGAGGACAGAGCAAUCUUCAUCACCGACAGGCACCUUUAUAAGAUGGACCCCACGAAGCAGUACAAAGUGAUGAAGACCAUCCCCCUCUACAACUUGGUCGGGUUGAGCGUCUCCAAUGGGAAGGACCAGCUGGUGGUUUUCCACACGAAGGACAACAAGGAUCUCAUCGUCUGCCUGUUCAGCAAAGAGCCGUCCAACGACAGCAGGGUUGGGGAGCUGGUGGGCGUCCUGGCCAGCCACUUCAAGAGACCACGGAGCAGCUUUAGCAAAUGCUUUGUAAGGGAUAAACGACGGCAGGCUUUGAACCAGGGGAGAAGAAAUGGCAGAGCCUUGUGAAGCACCCUGGGAAUUGUUCUGCUUCUGGGGAGCAGAAGUGGGGACGCCCUCCAACCUUGGUAUCGUUGUGCCGCACGCCCCAACGUGCUGCAGGAGAUACACACACAUGGCUGCUGCAGCGCUGGGCCUUAUCUGCCCCGCACGGAGCCUCGGUG